AUGGAAGUCCUCAGCAUCCAAUCGAAUUUGGUUUCCACACCCCGUCACCAAGCUCUAGAACAUCUCUACCUUACAUCGAAGAAGCAAAAGGUUGAUGUUAAGACAACCGAAAUUAUCCAAGAUGAGAAGGAUACAUGCACAACUGAAGAAAAACACGUACCAAAGCUAUGGCAAAACCCCCAAACCUACGCGGUGCAGGCUCUCCGUAGCCCCUGGCACCGGACCAUGCUACGCCUUCAAAGCUCACUCUUCCACACCUCAAUUGACUUUUUCCGCCACAAAAUGAAUUACGAGUACCUUGUCGUCCCUCUCACCACGGGAAGCAUCAGUUCACCAAUGGGCCUGGGCUCUGACUCCCAACCCGUCAGUAUUCAACUGAACAACAACCCAACCUACCUAGCCGACUCGCAGCAAUUUCUCCUCGAAUACGCCCUUCGGCUCCAAGAGGUGCCAAAAGGCGUCUACUAUGCCGGCACCUCUUGCCGCGGGGAAGACCAUGACGCAACUCAUCUCAACCAAUUCUGCCACGUGGAAUGCGAACUUCUCGGCGGCUUGGAUGCGGGCAUGAAUGUUGCGAACCAGUACAUUAUCAACCUCACCCAGUCGCUGCUUGUGUCUCACGGACCCGAGAUCGCUCGGUACGCUGGUACAACAUCGCACAUGGAACAGCUCCUCAAGCUCUACAGCACCAACAACAACUCCUUCCCUACCAUCACCCUCUCCGAGGUGCUGGCACUACCGGAACUCACAAACGAAAUGUGGGAAUUCGUCGUUCCCGGAAAACCAGCAUAUGGACGUCUUCUCACGCGCAAAGGCGAACAAAUGCUUAUUGCCAAGUUUGGGGGAGCGUGCUGGCUGACGGAAAUGGAUCAUUUGAGUGUGCCAUUUUAUCAAGCAUAUGUACCAGGCAAUCCAACGCAAGAGGUUGCCAAAGCCCUGUGUGCGGAUUUCUUGCUGGGAAUGGGUGAGGUUCUUGGGUGCGGGAAUCGGCAUGUUUCGAUGGAUCAGGCUAUGCGUGGCUUGCGGGAGCAUGGUGUUAAUCCUGAAGACUACAAGUGGUAUUUGGAUAUGCGGAAAGAGAAGGAGUUGGACACAACUGGGUGGGGGAUUGGGACGGAACGUUAUAUGUGCUGGGUUUUGGGACAUGACGAUGUGCGAGAUGUGCAGAUUUUCCCAAGAUUGAAGGGACUGGAGUGCGCGCCCUGA